UGUCAUCCAGGGUACAAAAUAUAAUGGCCCUCACCUCAGUUGACUCUACCAUGUUUCUUUCUUUGCUUCUGUCUCUUCUCUGUCACUUCUGCACAAGAAAAGAAAGCUCAGCGCAGCUGAAAGAGAGUGACCAAAGGGGUUUAUUUGUUAAAUGCCUGCAAAUCUUGACAGCAUAGACUUGAACUCCGACGUCGUUUCCGGUGAACGAGAAGACGGUGUUAAUGGGUUUAGUAACGUCUCUGUGGUAAAGAGUAUGGUGGGUUUAUCUUCUGAUGCUGAAACCCUAAUGGACUCUGUUACUAAUAGUCAGGGUCAGAACCAGGAGCCUGUAGUAGAUGAAGUUAAGGAUUUUAAAGGGGCUAAUGACUUGAAGGAGGUUGCAGUUGGUGGGCUAGGCUGGGAGGGAAAGAUGGAUUCUGUUUAUAAAAGUGUUGAUUUUGAAGGGGAAAAUGGGUCUGGAAGUGGUGUUGGUGAUGCCUCUGUGCGAGAAGCAGCGGAAAUAACCGAAACACACUCGAGUAAAGUAGUGGUAGAAGAAAAUAGUUCGUGUGAAAUUGAGGGGGAAGUGAAGGCGGGGGGUUGUGGCGGAGUGAGUUCAAGUUCAGUUGGGGAGGAUGCGAUCCAAGUUGAAAAUGCUAACGUGGAAGUGAAAGUAGACAGUGCGAAUGACUUACUGCCUCGCAAAAAACCUGGAAAUGUUUCACCAAAGGUUAGUUCUGAAGGUGUAGAGAAUCAGGGCAUGGAAAUCAAUGACGAACAAGCUAAGAAUUCUGAGGGUCAAAAUGAGGAUGCUGCUGCUUUUGAUGAAAGGGUUUUGCAGGAAAUUGAGAACCUUGAAUCCAAUGAUUUAAAUCUUGUUGCGGAUUCGGAGCCUUACGUGGGUGCAGAUGGGAAUGCAAAAAUGGCUUCCAAAGAAGCAGGAUUGGGUGUUGGUGAUCUGGUAUGGGGUAAAGUAAGGAGCCAUCCCUGGUGGCCUGGCCAGUUAUUUGGUUGUGCUGAUGCGUCAAAGAAGGCUAAGAAGCAUUUUAAAAAGGAUAGCUAUUUAAUAGCAUACCUUGGGGAUCAAACUUUUGCUUGGAAUGAAGUGUCAAAGAUAAAGCCAUUCCGAUGCAACUUCUCGCUAUUGGAGAAACAGAGCAAUUUAGAGGAUUUUCAUGAUGCUGUUCAUUGUGCUUUGGAUGAGGUUUCUAGACGGGUAGAGUUUGGGCUAGCUUGUCCUUGCAUGCCUGGGUAUAGCAAGAUAAAAACUCAGAUAAUUGUCAAUCCCGGAAUCCGGGAAGAAUCUUGUAGAAGGGAUGGUGGAGAUAGUUUCUCGAGUGCUGCUUCCUUUGAACCUGCAAAGCUAAAUGACUAUGUGAAAGAAUUAGGCCAAUUGCCAUUAAGUGGAAUUGACACACUGGAGUUUGUAACAGCACGAUCCCAAUUGUUGGCAUUCAAUCGUUGGAAGGGUUAUUGUCACCUGCCUGAAUUUCAAUUCCUUGGUGAAUUGCUAGAGAGUGAUGCAGAGAUUCCACUAUCACCAGAAGUUAAACACGGCAGUGAAAAGGUUGACAAUGCUGCUACCACGGUUGGAAAGGAGAAGCCAAAAGGUGAAGAUCACUCUUUGCAUAGGCGUAAGUGUAAGCGCAUUUAUGGGGAUGAUGAACAUCCAAGCGAGAAAGAAAAAUGUUUGGCUGACCUUAUUGCUGAAAGGCGCGCAUCGGCUGCUAAAGGUAAAGGUGGUUUGGAUGGUGAAGCUACUGGCGAGAUGACCAAGUCAUCUUCAGGUCGGAAAAGGAAGGCUGUUGAUUCUAUUUCUGAUGACUCAGUGAUGAAACAAAGCAAAAGUCCUUCCUCGCCAGGGAUUGAUAAUGGUUCCUCACAGCCUAAGAAAACCUAUAGGGUUGGAGAUAGCAUCCUUAGGGUAGCAAGCCAACUGAAUACGUCAACGCCUAUACUCAAAUCUGUUAAUGGAACUUACCAAAAAACUGCAGUGAAGGCUAAGAGCCAGGAGAAGUCUGCCUCUGGAAAAUGCAAAGCUUCGCCUGAUGUGUUGGUGUCACGUACUUGCCUGGUUGGCAGAGAUCUAUGAAGGGAUGCAACUUCCUGAAAUCUGUAAGUUUCUUUGUGCAAUUCAUUAUGCAUAGAUAACUCAAUUCACAGCGGUAUAUACAGUCCUCCCUGAACAUAUUUCUGGUGGUGAUAUUGGAGAAUUAUUAACCGAAGUCGAAUCGAAAACAUCUGAUUCCGAGAAUAUGAAAGAUUCAUAAUGGACUGACAAAACGUUUCAAAUCAAUCCUGAAGACCAAUCGUCAGUUGAGAAUAAGAAUGAAGCUGGAGAGAUUCCAGUGAAGACUCCGACUAAAAAGGGCACUCCCACCUUCGGGAAACAAUCAGCUGUUCAGGUGGGUCCCGAUUUGGAAUGUGAACAACAAAUUGUUGGUGGAAUUCUAGGUUUGGGAGCAGGCAACCCCAAAGAUCACUUGGAAGGCUAAUGAUACCUGUCCAACAGCUUUGAUUAUAAAUUUCGCAGAUUUGGAGGCAGCUCCUUCAGAAACAAAUUUGAACAGGCUAAAGGCCAUUUUGGAGCUUUAAAGGAAACAGAGACCCGGGUGCUGAAGAAGAGCAAGCGUGCUAAAGUGGUUUUCCGCAGAUGCGUUUAUGCAGAAACAGCCUUCAGCAGUGCUGGGAAAUACAGCAUUUUCGGACCUUCACUUGUCAGCUACCGCCUCAAGUACAUUGCUUCCACAAAUGGUAAAUCUUCCCCAAAUGCAGCAAAGCGCAGCAAAAAAGAGGCAUCGUCUGCGGAGGGAAUAGCAAUUGAUGCCUCAAAUUCCGAUGAAUAGAUUGAAACUAAUUUUGGGAAUUCAAACCAGGAGCAUGAACAUGUUCUCACAGCUUUCUUCUGCUUUUCCUCACUUUUUUGUUUGUUUGUUUUUUUAUGAUCUCUUACGAUCGCGUAGCUACACCUAAGUCUUGAGCACAUGCAGUAUGAAUGUGAUGUCGAUGUGAUGGUAGAAAAUGAAGAUUUUGAACAGUCGUAUGAGAAUAUGACUUGGUUAGGAUUAA